AUGAUAAUAAAUGGGUGGUUAAUUGCAUUUGUGAAUUUACAUUUCUUUUAUUUAUUUUUGUUGGUGCUUUUUUCUUCCCGUACGGCCUUUCCCCCCCAAUUGUCUCCCUGUGGCGUGGUGGCAGCAACGGAGAGAGAAGGGGGAAGGGGUGUUUUUCUCUUGGCAUUUUUAUUAUUAAAGAUUUCAAUUGGGGGAAUGCGGCGGUUCAUCGCUGCUGGUGGUUGUAGCGGUGCGCUCUCGAGUAGUCCUACCGUUUUGGUUUUGGGCGCGAACUCACCUUCAGGUGCCACAUUGGCAUUAAUGAUGGCGGCUAGAGGACGUUUUUACAGACCGCUCGUGAAUCAGGGCAUUAAUCUCUGGCGCUACCGCAUGGGCCGCAUCCACAAGGGCUGGUGCACGUGGGAGUACCAACACACACGGCCGGACCCGCGGCCAUUCCCGGAUCCCCCCGUCAACGACUACUUUGGCCGGUCCCGCCUCUGGAAUCCCAUCCCCGGUAAGAUGGGGUACGUGAACAAGAAGGCAGAGGAGUGGGGGUGGCCGCAUCAACGCCCGCCACCGACUGGACUGCGGCGAUCACAAGAGUACUUUCCCUUUUUUUUUGCGCGGUACUUUCCUGACGCAGAGGUGAGACUUGUUCUGGACAGUGUUCUCAACAACGAGACAACUCACCCGGUGUUUUACAUCCCGAAUGACAUGUCGAGAGCAGAGCUUGUAAACUAUCUCAAGAACAUCUAUGGUGUAGAAAAUGUUGUGAGAAUUAAAGUUCGAAACGCGCGAGGUCGUCGAUACAAGAACGAGUUGGGUGAGAUCAAAACGAUGGAUGACUACAAAAUUGCCAUUGUCGAGUUAGAUUCUCCCGUCUCUGUGGAGUUCAAGCAAAUCAAGGGAACUGAAGACACUCCCGACAACAGGCCGCAGGCGCAGAUUAGCGGAUAA